AACGCCGGGCCGGCCGCGCCCUUCCUGGAUCUGUGGCCGGGAAUCGUGGGUCUCUGCGCGUCCCCUCGCGGUGCCCCGGGUUCUCCGCGCAGCGGCCCGGGAGGAAUGAGCCGCAUCUAUCAGGACAGCGCGCUCCGGAACAAGGCGGUGCGGAGCGCACGGCUGCCCGGGGCCUGGGAGCCCGCCGCCCACCAGGGGGGCAACGGCGUCCUGCUGGAGGGAGAACUGGUCGAUGUAUCUCGUCACAGCAUCUUGGACGCACAUGGGAGGAAGGAACGCUACUACGUGCUGUAUAUCCGGCCUAGUCGCAUCCAUCGCCGUAAGUUCGACCCCAAGGGAAAUGAAAUCGAACCCAACUUCAGUGGCAACAGGAAGGUGAACACGGGCUUCCUCAUGUCAUCCUACAGGGUGGACGCCAAGGGUGACACUGACAGACUCACGCCCGAGGCCCUGAAGGAGCUUGUCAAUAAGCCAGAGCUGCUUGCACUGACAGAGAGCCUCACCCCCGAGCAGACGGUGGCUUUCUGGAUGUCUGAGUCAGAGAUGGAGGCGAUGGAGCUGGAGCUGGGGGCCGGGGUACGGCUGAAAACUCGAGGCGAUGGCCCCUUCCUGGAUUCAUUAGCCAAAUUGGAGGCUGGAACAGUGACCAAGUGCAAUUUCGCUGGUGAUGGAAAGACAGGGGCAUCGUGGACGGAAAACAUCAUGGCUCAAAAGUCUUCAGAGGGAGCCUCAGCGGAGACCCGAGAGCAGGGGGACGGGGCAGAGGACGAGGAGUGGAGGCAGGUGGUGGGCGAGUCCCUGGGGCAGUUCCUGGACUUGGUCUUGGUGCUGAAUUGGGGAACAUCCCUCAUCUGCAUGCAGAGUGGCUCAGAGGAGAAUUUGAUUGGUGGCUCUGACUACAAACUGAUUUAUCGGCACUAUGCUACCCUCUACUUUGUAUUUUGUGUGGAUUCAUCAGAGAGUGAGCUUGGGAUCUUGGACCUCAUCCAGGUUUUUGUGGAGACUCUGGAUAAGUGUUUCGAAAAUGUUUGUGAAUUGGAUUUGAUCUUCCACAUGGAUAAGGUGCACUACAUCCUUCAGGAGGUGGUGAUGGGUGGGAUGGUGCUGGAGACCAACAUGAAUGAAAUCGUGGCUCAGGUUGAAGCACAGAACAGGCUGGAGAAAUCAGAGGGCGGCCUCUCGGCAGCCCCCGCCCGGGCUGUGUCUGCUGUGAAAAACAUCAACCUGCCGGAGAUUCCUCGGAACAUCAACAUUGGUGAUCUCAACAUCAAAGUCCCCAACCUGUCCCAGUUUGUCUGAGGGUUGAAGACUGGGCUGAACUGGAGUCCUGGAAACAAGCGAAUCCAAGUCAGUCCCGCAACAGAACCCACUCUGAGCCUCAGACGGGCCAGGCCUCAGGCCCUGAGCCUCGCUGCCGUGGAGCUGGGAAGGGAGUCCUGUGUCACUGCCAGCGUGUGCUCCGUUCUCACAUGUGCAGCCUUGCCGGACUCUGACACACCUGGCCACUGCAGAUGUGAGGGGAGCCCUGGUUUCCCCAGUUGGGGGUCAGUGUGACCAGACCACCCGCACCCUCUGCCUCCCACCUGCAGCUGCUCCCCGGGAUUAGGGGCUGUGUUGAGAGGCCCACCUGCUUGCCAGAACCCCGCCACUAGGACCAACCCCGAGUAGCCUUCUCCCUUAGAGUCACAAGGCCUGAGGUCCUGUAGCAUUUACUUUUGCUGGUGAGAGGCCAUAGGUAGAAAAGAGCUGACUCUUCAUACCUGGGGGUGUGCUGAUGGGCAGACAAGGGCAGGAUCUCAUGAGAACCAUGGCCUCCUGGGUCUGCUCGGGUUGUCAUACCCAGAAUCCUUUCAUAGCCAACCUCUCUGAUUACCCCCUCCUGCAGACUACAUCUCCCCACUGCCAUAGUCCUGGCUCUGUUGUCACAGGUGUUCAUGUGCGGGACACAAUCCAAAUCAUAAGCCUGGUGCAUGCCCACCACGUUUCCCCCAACACAGCCAUCUCUCUAGCACGGCUGGAGGCGUCCCCGCUCAAAGGAAAGAGGCCCUGUGUCUGUAGCAGGUAAAGCUGACAACAUAGGAAACAUCUCAGAAUUAAGACCUUCUCGGAGUUUACAACACGUUCUCCUCAUUCGCUGUAUUACGAAUGAUGACUCUUCUCCAAAUGGGAAACCCACCUCUGUCUGUACCAGCUUCUGGAGCUCGCCUUGGAGACCUGUCAGCAUGGACGGGUGAUAAGCAUCCUCCUGGAGUAGUCCUGGAGCUUCCGUACCGCCUGGAGGCCAGGUCUCGGGGACCAUGUGGAGCUCACUGCCCCAUCACGGGCUAGUGGCUUAAGCCUCCCGGGGCCGUCGCAGAGCCCAGCAGGGAUGGUGCCCAGCAGGACCAUGUCCGGAUCACAUCCUUUCCCACUCGGAGCAGUGCCUCCUGUGGGUAGUGCCCAUUGUUCAGGCAGCCUCUUGUCCUCAGGCUUGCCGAUCCUCGCUGGCACUGCCUGUGUUGAGCAGAAGCCUCCUUAUGUUGGAAGAGGGAAAUGUAGGCGAAUACAUCUGACGUCAAAACCUGUGAUGAUA